ACGUGGACAGAGUUGGACAAUCGGGUCGCUGCAAUAUAUACUGAGGCCCAACAGAAUGCUAAAUAUCUCCAGAUUGUUGUUCGUCAAUGCAGGCCCCUUUAUGAAUACAGGAUUAUCACGAAUCAGAUGAUUACCAGUUGCAAGGGCUACAUCACGGACUGCGACGAAAGUCCAAUUUGGACGCAGGAUCCAGAAAAACUAUUAAAACGACUGAAUGACUGUAUCGACUUGAAUAAGGCCUAUCAAAACGCUUAUAAGGAGGCCCAAGACACAAUUGCAGAGCGGGAGAAACGGCUAAACUUCUCAAAGGUGCAGAUUUUCGGAGAUUUUGACGAGUUUGCAACACGCCUGGAGGCUAUAAUUCAUAUAAUAAAGACAAUGAAAGAAUACAGCAUCCUGGAGACGGUCUUCAUCGAAGGCAAACUCAAGAUUCUGCAACAUUAUCGGAAAAUCAAGGCCUUCAUCACUUCUCGCACCUACGAUUACUUGGAUACAGGAAACGUGCAGUUUUCCAAGGACUUUGAGUACUUCGGUACGGAAGUAGCAAAACUUAAGGCAAGUUUUCCCAGAUUCGGGUCUACUCUAUCGAUCCUAUAA